CGAAUAAGAGAGACCCCGAUCCUGAACCGGAAGCAAAUCUUUUGCGUGAUCUUAGUGAUCUUCAUUCCUCCUUCAUUCUUCCUUUCACAAGAAGGACACAACGCAUUGACCUCAGGCAAACAUUUGCCUCUAAUUUCCUUUCUUUAUCGACAGACUAACACACCUUCAUCAUGGGUAUGAAAUGGGGAAACAUGACCUCCAGUGUGCGGGGUCUGGUCAUGUACAGCCUGUCACCCUAUGAACAGAAGGCUUUCGCUGGUGCAUUCUCCAAAGGGGUGCCCAACCUUUUCAGGAGGUUCAGAGGUCAAGUUUUCAGAGUUGUUCCUCCUUUCAUCGCUGGCUACAUGAUCUACAACUGGGCGGACAAGGAGCAUGCUCGUUUGAUGCGCAAGGACCCAGCCGAAUUUGUGAACGACGAAUAAAUGUGUGCAUAUAUAUAGAGACCUAGGCUGAAUGUCACGCUGUAGUUGUCCUCAUCGUCACUGCUCUCACCUCUGUGGUCAGCCCGGCUGCUGAACCUCCCACCACAGGUCCAGUUCCACUGACCUUCAUCACGCCAUAUUCAUUUUGUAUCAAAGUAAAUUAAUAAUGAUACUUGACUUGAUAAC